CCUUGAAGUCAGGACGUGCCCCACCAUCGCCCAAGAUGAUGAUACCAAACCUGAAGUGUGGCCUGUGGGCAGCUCUCCAGACUGGAGGAUCUGCGCAGUGUUGGACCAGUGGAAGAAUUGGCGGUGGGACCUGGAUUUAGCUACUCCAGGUGUUGGGCAAGGUGCUGGUCUGUACUGGGGCCUUGUGUGGAACCAGAAUCGAGGCUUGGAUAGCUAUCGGGGGGGUUAGUCGAAAAGUUGGGUCCAGGCCAUGCAGCCUCAGCUUCAUCGGAGUUUCGUGCACCAGUAGAACCCCGCCCCUCCGUCGAGGCCUCGCAUCAGACUCGAUUGCUCUGGCUGGCAGGUCUAUUGGUACUUCCACGUGGACCUGCAAGUUUUGUGUUCGGCAGCAUAAAGGGGCAAUCAACCAAGCGUAUACUAGUAAUUAGACCCUGGCUUGUACACUACGGUACUAGCUAGCAGCAAUCCACUAGAUGUAGCUAGACAAACUGGUAGCUAGUCUGGAACGGUAUCCCGCGGUGAUGCCGUUUUCCUUGGACGUACCGUACCGGACAAACAUGGUGGGUCAAAGAACGACGAAUCGAAUGAAUCAAUCAAUCGAACAGCCGACCAAAGAUCCACCCCUUCCAACCUCAAUAAUCCAACUGAUGCCAACUUGUGGCAUUGCUGGUUACCCCUUUAGCUAAACCCAUCUGGUAUCCAGGACCGCAAGCUAAAGCCACGUCCAUGUGCGGUCCAUGCAAUACGUAGACUAUGGUAAUGUAGCGGUGUGGUUGUAAAGUCGUAAUGGUCGACCUCUCGACUGGCUGAAUGGGGCUGUCCUACUCUCCGUUGAGCCAUCUGUCACAGUUUGCCAUCUCUUUGACUUUGCAAGUAAGAAGCCAAAGAACAGGUAGAAGUGAUAAAAAUAACAAAAAUGGUAUCUUAAAAUCAAGGCAAAAUUGACGCAAAAUGGAUUUUUGGGGUCGCCAAUUCCGGGGCGGCCCUGCGGGGACAUUCCUUCCUCGCCCUGCCAGCGCUCUUCGAUCGUAAGAGGAUAUCGAGAAGCAGAAGCCGCCAUCCGAAGUCAACUCGAUCCGGUAGUGAUGAGCAGCAACCACCAAGACAGCAGCUGAACCUGCAUGGAAGCCAUCAUCUUCAACAACUCGAUCGCAUCAAGCAACAACGUGUUCCCACAAGGCCAUUCUCGUCUUGUGUGGGCUAUCUGUUGUAGACUGUGUGUAUCACCAUCAUCGCCUUGAAAUACAGAUCGAUAGAUAGAUUGUGGCCAUCUGUAGUGGUGUUAGUAGUGUGAUAGAAUUGAGUGACUUUGAGAACUGACCGCUUCGGUCUUAUUGCCUCCAACGAUGAUUGGAAUUGGGGGUUAUCCUGCUGCUGCGACUGGGCUGCGGCAGCGAUUCAAUGCCAACAAUAACAAUGGAAACAACAACAACGGCAACAACAAUGGCAACAAUCGUCCCCAAGUUCCGCGACGAGUCCCACCGUUGGCUCAACCCGUAGAAGCCCAGCAACUUCAACAACAACAGCAACAACAACCGUGGAGAACCUCUCAUGUCUACUGUGUCGUGUCAGCGGUCCUUGCUGUACUGGCAAUAGUGACUAGCGCAGCAUCUCCUUCUGCAGCUAGCAUGGCAUCGAAGGCAUCCAGCGGCGGAGGGAGCAAGUUCCUGACAGAAGGAGAAUCGGCCAUGUCUGCAAUGGAAGCCGCUUCUAGCACGCUGACCCCUGACAAUACCGAACUGAUCACGACCAAUCCUGUACCCUCGGCCUACAUGAUUGAUGCGUUGGACACGGAGUGGUGGCGUCAUGCCAUGGACUUUCUAUUUGCCAACAAUCCUGCCACUGGACACAUUCCAGCUUGGUUGCUAGAGAGCACGGGUAGCAGCGCUAGCAGCAGCAGUACUAGUUCGGAAGCCCGUGUUGCCGCAGCCAAGAAAGAACAGCAACAACAGCAGCAGCAACCAUGGUGGAAGCUCACGUGGAUUGGGAAUCAUCACCACCACAAACACGAAGCUGGCACUCCUUCUUCCAAACAGCAACAAGCACAACAGCAGCAGCAAGCGCAACAGACUCAAGUGCCCAACACAUGGUGGCAGAAUUGGUUGGACGCUUCUCUUCUACACGCAAAGCCAUCUACAGUGACCGAUCUCAUUGACAAGGUUCUGACAUCCACUCCUCGUCUUUUGGCCAUUGCCAAUUUGCUCUUGGCGCUCACCUAUCAGAUGCACACAGCCGUGGCCGAUUGGUUCCUGGGAGCUGGAGUCUAUCCUCCACCCGGAGAAUGGGCCAUGACCGGCAGAGAGCGCCUUGGAAGCUUCUUGGUCUUCAAAUUGCUCCUCAUUAGUGCCGUCGUCACACCCGACACACUGGAUCUACUCAUUCUGCUCAGCUGGUACACUCUCCUCAGCUUUCUCAGGUCUCUGGCGCAUUUGGCUGCUGCCACGACGUCCCAUACCACUCAAAGCGGACAAGCUCCAAGGACAGGCGUCUUGCAGCUAUUGCUAGUGGUCUUGUUCUGUGACUUUAUUGCUGCCGCGGUUUGUGUGGCGCUCUUCCAGUUGGCAGGAUUUGGAAUGGUCAUUCUCCUGACGUGUGAUUGUGCCCUUUUGGCGGUCGAAGUUCUUGGACACAUACUCAAGCAUGUUCGUCAAGUACUGGAGGAUAUGCACGAACACACCAUUGCUGAAAUGGAAGAACAACAGUUGCAGAUUCAUACGCGACAGAGGAGAUUGGAAGAACAGCAGCAAGCAGCAGCCGCCGCCGAAGCCAACGCAAGUGGCGACGCUGGAAACAAUGCCGCUGCUAACAACGAGACUGCUCCUGUCGCAGAAGAGGGCUGGGAUGGGUUGGAUGACCUCUCACUCGAUGGAAAUGACAAUGGUAACGAGGAGGACGAAGAUGAAGACGAUGGAAUUCGCACGCAACAUCGGAACAAUCAACACUUACUCAUGGAGGACUCCAGAAGGUUGGACCAAGCCAUGGAUGCUCUGGAAGUUGCUCACGCCAGAAGAUUGGCCGUCUUGGAUACCACCAUUUUUGUCUUGCAGUUGCUAGUGCACGCAAUCACCGUAGGACAUUUCUUGCACAUUUGGUAUCUACAUGGAAUUCAAUUCACUCUGAUUGAUGGGGUCCUCGCCUUGCAUCUUCAUUCGGCAGUCUCAGCGGCCUCCAAGCAAAUCGCAGAACGACGAAACCUGCAUAGAAUUGCUCGCAAUCUGGAUGGCAUGUUCCCCAAUGCAUCCGAACUAGAUCUCAAGAAGGCGCACGCGGCUGGUGAUGUCUGCUGUAUCUGUCUAGGGGCAAUGUCGGUGGGUAGUGUUAAGAAGGUGGGAUGCGGUCAUCUCUACCAUACCAAUUGUCUCCGCGAAGUCAUUGAACGAGCUCACUCUAUUGAGGCGGCCAAGUGUCCCCUGUGCCGAGCAUCGGUUGUGGAUGGAAGCCAUCCUGGGACAGGUAAUGCUAUUGACCAGGAACAAGCCAACGGCAACGGCGGAAACAACGAUGGCGCAAACAAUGCUGGAAACAAUGUGGGCAAUCAAGACAACGCACCUCGCAUGGCUGGCCCAAACGGCGGGAUGAAUCAUCGCGGUGAACGUGCCUUAUUCCGUUUCUCGACGGAAGGAAUUCUUCCGACUUGGAUGCCCCUUCCGGCCUUUUCAUUCGAAGUUGUUCGGCGUCCUCGACAAGAACAACCGGCGCCUGUUGCCGCCAAUGCGAACAAUACUGUCAACAACAAUAACAACCCCCCACCAGGACGGCGAAAUAACGCAGCUGCAACCGACAACGCUGGUCUACGGUCAUUCGUUAGGCGGCUUUUGCUGUUGGCUGGAGCUGUUCCAAUGUCCCCCGAGGAGGAGGCAAGAGCCUUGGCACAACUGGUCGACAUGUUCCCACAGUACGAUCGAGCAGAUUUGCUGCGAGAACUACGAGACCGAGGAUCGGCGGAAUCUGUGGUUGAAUCCGUUUUGCUAGGUGUUUUCUCCGGUCGGGUACGUGGAUCAGCUGGAGGCGAAGCGGUGCCUGCUGGUGCAAACAAUCCUGACAGAGCAACCGGACAGGGCGAAGCACCUCCUGCAGCAGCUGCAGGGGAUGCUGCCCCAACCGAGGACGGUGUGCCCCAGCAGCAACAGCAAGAAGACGCUGUCGUGCACGCACCCCCCACUGGCCAGGCGCAACCAAUAUAGAACCAUAUCAAGAUCAGCAGUGCCUCCGCCUGUUAAUGUGUGCUAUUUGCUUUUAUCAUCAUUAUUAUUGCAUAUAAACGUCCAUGUUUCAGUCC